UAAUAAGGCGUUCAUCAAAGCAGCAAGGGAAAGUGGCAUAAUUAGUAAAUUCUACAAAACUUAGGGAUAGUUGAGUAAUUUGACAAAUUUUUCCUAAUUACCGGUUCUAUCCUCAGAGAGCACUGACGGUUGCGCUUCCCCGCUUCUAUAAGUACCCCACCACAGUCACAGCACAAACCCCACGCCAUUUUCGUUAUCCACUCACUCUAAUUUCUCUCUCCUAGGGUUUCGAUUCUCUUCUCCCUCACUCUCUAGAAUCUUCGCUUUCUCUUCUCUCUUUUUCCAGUUUCGAUGGCCCAGCAGGAGGUUCAGAACGGAGGAGGAGUCGAGAAAGAUGCAGCACCUGCCGUGGCUACCGUGACCUUUACGGCCGUGAAGCCUCAGAUAUCCGUUGAGGCACCUAAGGCAAGCGACGCCGUUCAGUUUUACAAGGCUGCGUUUGGAGCCGAGGAGGUUGGCCGGACCAUGCACUCUAAGCGUAAGGCUGAGCAAGAGACCCCUCUCAUUCUCUCAGCUGAGCUCACGGUUGCUGGCUCCACUAUUCUUGUCUCUGAUCUCAUCGCAGACUCGGCCUCUCCUGUCAAGUCAGGGGGAUCUGGUGGAGUAAUGCUUUGCCUGGAGACUGAGGACGUCGCCGCUGCCAUCGCUAAGGCCGUGAGCGCCGGAGCUGUAGCUGAAGGAGAGGUCGUCGAGGGUGAAGGCGCGUGCUGCGGUGGGAGCGUGGGGAAGGUCACGGACCCUUACGGAUUCUCCUGGCUCAUCUGUUCUCCAGCCAAGAAGUGUGCUACUGUGGAUGCUUAAAAGCCGUCUGAUCUAAUCUGAUAAGAUUGUUUACUGUGUAUUUUCUAAGCUUUUGUAGUGCUAGUGAGUGAAGAUGUGGGGCCUCGUAUCAGGAUAUGGUUUCUCUUACCUUUCAGGACUUGGUUUAAUCAUAGGGUUUUAGGCUUAUUAUGUAGUAUUUUGAUACGGUCAUGAUACCUGAUCUGUCUUUGAUUUUGAAUUAGACAAACCAAUCAAGCACAUCUUUUAACCGACA